UCUUGAGAUGUCAAUUUAUGCGAAUUUUUUGCGAAGUCGUGUUUGGAGUUUUGGUGCAUUGGUGAAAAAAGUUCCUUCCAGAUAUAUUUUUACUAUUAAAAUGUCUGAAAAGCCAGCAGAUUACCUUGCUACCAAUGGUUUUGAAAGCAAAACUCCAUUCUUAAUCGGUGUAGCGGGCGGGACGGCCAGUGGGAAGUCAACAGUAUGCCAACGCAUAAUGGAAAAGUUGGGACAACAGCACAAAGAACAAACAGAGAGACGAGUUGUCUGUAUCAGUCAAGAUUCCUUCUACCGAACCCUCUCACCAUCAGAACGGCUCCGAGCUGAACGUGGACAGUUUAACUUUGAUCAUCCAGAUGCUUUUGAUGACAAGAAACUCCUUGCCAUCCUGAAAGAUAUUCUGGCCGGAAAGAAAGUUGAAGUCCCUGAGUAUGAUUAUAUCACAAAUUCUAUUAGCCCACAUCGCUCACACACAAUCUACCCAGCUGAUGUUGUGCUGAUCGAAGGCAUCCUGGUAUUCUAUUUCCCGGAAGUGCGGGAACUCUUCCACAUGAAGCUGUUUGUAGACACUGAUUCUGACACACGACUUGCAAGACGAGUACCUCGUGACAUAAUGGAGCGCGGCCGUGACUUGGAGCAAGUUCUAAAUCAAUACAUGAACUUUGUGAAGCCUGCAUUCGAGGAGUUCUGCUUGCCGACUAAGAAGUUUGCUGAUGUCAUCAUACCGAGGGGAGCUGAUAAUUUAGUGGCUAUUGAUUUAAUCGUGCACCAUAUAUGGGACAUUAUGUAUAAGAAGAGACCGGCACCGAAGGUUGCAAAUGGAACAUGCAAUGGAACACAUCUGGAAGUUGAUGAGGGGAACGGAAGAAGGAUGUCAGGAAGUUCUGAGGAUACUCUCAGUCGAUAGCCAAUGGGGAUAUGCACAAAGUUCCAUACUGGAUCUGUGACUGAAGCCGUUCGGGAUAUGUUAUUUUUUUUAUAUACUAUUUUAUUGCAGUGUUUUCUAAUAAAUCCUACUCCGGCUUAGUUAAUCUUAACAAUAUAGAUCUUACUAUUUUGAAAAAAAUUGUUUCGGGAUUUUUUUUUUCAUUUCUAAAAUUAGAAAAAAUUCCAAAAAAUAUAGAAAAUUCUUUAUGUACCUUACACAUAUUGUAAAAUAACGUCAAAUCUUGCAACUUCUGUAUGACGUAGGAAGAUUUUUUUAAAAAAUGUUUUUUUAUUCUGUCAUAUAACGUAAGUGGGAUAAAAAAAUAUUAGAAAACACUGUUCUAAAAUAUAGGUGUGGUUUGCAAUCGAAUAUUUUAUUAUUUUAAUUGACAUACAAUCAGUAUUAUUUAUAAUUCCUUUUGAAUCGAAACUAAUAAAUCUGUGUAUUAUUGAAGUAUAUGCAUAUAGAAAUCUCUCCCCCCCCCCUCCCCCCAAUUUUAUUCCUCUAUCAAGAUUUCUAGAUUUUAACUCUUAAUUCGAUGGUGUCCAGUGUGACGAACAACUUAUUUAAAAAAAAAUGUACUGAACUAGUUUAGAGAAAAUUA